UUUGGUCUUCUUAAAGAAUUUUUUGUGUCCUGUGAUAGAAGGGUGCAUGUAAAGCUUACUUUUCAGUUUCCAAUGAAUUCUGUGGAUAUUUCAGGCAUGAGAAGCUUAGCUACACAACAACUCCAGGUGAUGAAGUUGAAGAUAUGCUCAUUUUGUUAAAUGAAGUGAAAAAGCAGAUACCUUCUGUUGGUGCAGUAUCUUCUGGUGCCAUUGAAUCAGAUUAUCAGAGGCUGCGGGUGGAAAGUGUGUGUUCAAGGUUAGGGCUUGUUUCUCUGGCAUAUUUGUGGAAACAAGAUCAGUCAUUGCUCCUUCAGGAAAUGGUAAUUUGUAUUUUGGUCGCUGCAAUGGGGUUGGACCCUGCAAAGCACUUGGGCAAAGAUUUAGCUUCCCUGAGUCCCUAUCUGCAUAAGUUGAAGGGGUUGUAUGGAAUUAAUGUUUGUGGUGAAGGAGGGGAAUAUGAAACAUUAACACUUGAUAGCCCUCUCUUUGUUGUGAGUUUCUUCCUUUCCUUUUGCCUGUGGAUAUUUUAUAAUUUCCUGCUUUCUUAAGAGGCUUGUUGUCUUCAUGAUGACCAUGAGUGUGCAGUUAGUAACUUAGCAUCAUAUAUUUAUAAAUUUUUUG